UGACUGCACGUUUACACACUUCAGUAAAAGAAGACGGCUUUGUUGAUGCCGUGAAUAUUUGUCGUUGUCUGCCCAAAAUGUGAUUUUUGGGCGCGCGUCCUGAUGUUUUGUCGUUCGAAUAUGAUAGACGCGCCUGUACAAAUACAUAGUCGGUUGAACCGGGACUAAUGUCUCACAACACUCCGUUCGGUUGACCCGGGGUCGCAGUGAUGCUACUGAAGAUGCCUCAAAAGCUGCUGAAAACAGCCCACUACAUCGAGCUGGGGAGUUACCAGCACUGGCCGGUGCUAAUACCACAAAGGAUCCGGCUCUACACAUACGAACAAAUCCCUCUAUUCCUCAAAGAGAACCCCUACAUCACGGAUGGAUACAGAGCUCAUCUCCCAUCCAAACUUUGCAUCAAAAGCAUAUUCAUACUGUCAAAUGAGACAGUUAAUAUUUGGAGUCACCUCCUGGGGUUUUUGCUGUUCUUUGCUCUCGGGGUUCAUGACCUCUCCUCGGUGUUGCCUGCCUCUGGAGCCAACAGAGAGGACUACGCUAUUUAUGCUAUAGGGCUGUUUUGCUUCCAGGUGUGCAUGUUGUGUUCAGUGGGCUACCAUCUUUUCUCAUGCCACCGGUCAGAGAAAACGUGCCGUCGCUGGCUGGCACUGGACUAUGCAGGCAUAUCUGUUGGCAUCCUUGGUUGUUACGUACCUGGAAUCUUCUACGCAUUUUAUUGCAACGCUUUUUGGCGGCAGGUGUAUCUGCUGACCGUGCUCUCCCUGAUCCUGGCGGUCUUCUGCGCCCAGGUCCACCCCCGAUACCUCAGCAACGACUGGCGCAAGCUGAGAAUGGCAAUCUUCUGCUGUGUGGCAGGCAUCAGUGUGAUUCCCGCCUGCCACUGGGUGUGGCUCAACGGAGGGUUCAGCUGUGACGUGGUCAAGUUGUUUCUGCCUCGUGUGAUUGUGAUGUACUUCAUUGCUGGAUCUGCCUUCUUGUUCUACGUCACCAAGAUCCCUGAACGCUACUUCCCUGGUCAGCUGAACUAUUUGGGAGCCAGCCACCAAGUGUGGCACGUUCUGGUGGUGGUGAUGUUCUACUGGUGGCACCAGACAGCUGUGCACAUCAUGCACUUCAGGCACAGCCAACCCUGCCCCUCCCAGACCAGCAGCUAAGUCCCAAUGAGUUCAUUAUUAGGAGCGAAAACUAUUGUUUGUUUAAGAGACGCAGAGUCUGCGAAUUACAAAUCUGAGCCGAGUCUUGGUCAGUUUUCUGUGCGAGCAAAAUGAACAACAUGAAUGAGAUAAUUGUUUCAUGCUUGUGCUAGCAUGAUGACAGUUUUCUGCUGUAAAUCUUUUCAGCAAUUCCCUGUUUUUCCUGCCUUCUGAACAAACGAAAAUGUUAUAUAUCUGAAUAUCUGAGAGUGGAUCAAACUGAAACACUGUCGUAAUCCAUAUAGUGUUCUGGCAGUUGCUAUAACUAUUGCUAACAAUUUUUGUAAAAUACAGCAGAAUCUGUUUUAACUUAAACAUUUAACAUAUGUGUUUGGAGUGAAUUGUAAAUAAGGUGCACUGAAAGCAGCACUACACUGUUACACGAAAAUGUGUUUUUUUUUGUCGCCCCUUACAGUUUAAAAAUAGCUUAUAAAAGUAGCUUAUAAUGCUGUGUUAGGUUAGCAACACUCGCACUACACUGCUGGUCGGAACACCAACAACUAAAUUGGUUUGAAGCAAGAGAUUCCAGUUUUGUGGUUCUUUUUUUAAACUGUAUUUUUAGUUCUUCAAUAAAACUGAAGUAGACACACCAAGUAAAAAAAACCUGUAAGAAACAAGAAGCACCUAACUAAUGAAUGGCUGGAUUUCCGCUGUAUAUCACUCCAGUUUUAUACUUUUACUUUGAUAAACAGAGCCAGUAUACAGUUCUGGCAUUAUGGGCAUGUUUCCUGUAACGCAUGCAAUGAAGAGUUCAGUGGAAGAAUGUUCGCUUCUAUAUUUGUGUGAUCACUGUAACGCAUUGUCUGCCUUGUUUUAUUUGCAUAUUUCUUGAACAUAUAGUCUGUUACAAUCGACUUUUGAGCGACUCGAUCAAGUCACCAUUGAUACCAUCACUGCGCUUAAACCUCAGGAUUUCCAAGUUUAUAUCCUUGCCUUUGUUGGUCAGUGUUUCUUUACAUUCUUCAUGAGCUGCUGGUUGUUUUGAUGAGUGUUUCUUCUCCGUGCUGUUACACGUUGGUUUGGUGUGAGUUUUGAUCUCGAAAACUUCAGUGCCUGUCUGAAAUCAUUUUGUUGAAUCAAUAAAGAAUGCUGUGAAAUCA